AUGACGUCCAAAGAUCGGGAGUCAAUCUCCCAUGACCGGGAACUGGUUCGGCAUAAACCAACACAAAGCGAGUCCAGUCGGUCUUUGGUUCCAAUGUGGGACAGCUCAGACCCAGAGCGCGCUCCUCCUCCAUUGCCUUUGAAUCCUCGCUCCAUGAGCCCAGUGACCAGGCACAACGUUUCGCCUGGCAUCCAAGCGGUGGCCGCUAAGUUUACGGACAAGCCGAGCGAAAACGCGCCCAGCUCUUACACAACAAAUCCCAUGCCUAAUAAGUCUGGUUCACCAGAACGAUCGCUGGUCAAAGGCCAUCAUCACAAGCGCAUGCAGUCUCUACAACCCAGCGACACUAAGGGCGAUGCUCGUUCCGACUUUUUGAACUACUUGGAGAAUAGAUCUCCAGAGCGACCUCUUCGAGCUACCAUUAUUGAUCCCACGAGCAAGCCGCAUGAUACGAACAAGGGUCUUGGUUCCCCACCACGUCCUGCUGAGCGGGAAAUCCCUAGUUACGUGUCGAGUCGUUAUCUGUCGAAGCCAAUUCUCGGAGAAAGUACUCCUCCAUCAGCCACAAUGCUCGCUUUGCAAAAUAUGCAGCUUCCUUCUGAUCACGACCCACCAUCCCCUUCGAAACCCCCUAAGAUGAUUACAGCACCGAAGAUUGAGGAACCCACACACACAAUGGAUACCUUAUCGUCGCAAAUACUUAGCCUCACCGACAUUGCCAGCAGCUUGCAGCGUGAAAUGUCAAAUUUGAGCCGUCGAAGCAAGGAUAACGCCACUGAUCUCGUCAGCUUAAAGGCGGCGACAAAUGCUCGCGAUGAAGAUAUUAGGAAGAGCUUGAAGGACUUGUCCUCUAAUCUCACAUCAAAGUAUUUUGAUGGUGAUCUAUCAAGGUUGGAUUUCAGUGCAUUCCUAAAGCCGGAGAGCGGCCCUAACCAAACUGAAUCGGAUAGUUCUCCCAAUUCCAAGAGAAGCUACUCAGUGCCACGUAUGCCCAGUCCUAACCCUUUCGCCUUUGAUCGAGACGUCUGUGGAUCUCCUGCACCAAUCUCCGAUGGAUCUGCUAGUAUCGCUUUACUCGAAAAGGUGUUGCGCGAGAUGGCUACAAAGGAAGGUGAGGAGAGGCUUUUAGAACUUGUGGAUGAAAUCAAGUCACGACCUGCAACAACUCCCUCCGACAAGGAUGCUGAUAAGAAAAUCACCAACAUGCUGGAAGAGAUUCUUAACCUCGUCAAGGAGGACCCAGCAAGCAAAGCCCUUGUUCGUUCGAUGACAACAGAGAACCUGAGCCCGCCCACGAAAGACAAGAAUGGAGGUCUAAGAUCGACCUCACUUGGCUCAAUUGACGAAACGGCCACGGUGCGCGCACUGGAUGUCCCCAAAGAUGACAAAGUCCAGCGCAGUACGCCCAAUAAUGAUGAGGUCUUGGCAAUCCUCCGCAUUGUUAAGAGCAGUGUGGUGGAAGGUGGUGGUAUGACCAACAAUGUCAAGACCCUUGUCCGGGAAUUGCGCGGCGAAGUGCUGGGCAUGGGCCGUGAUCUUGCACGCAAACUCGAAGCAGUGGAGUCGACUUUAGCCCACGAUGCCCAGCAACAAAAGCAAAUCGAAACUCCAAAUGCAGAUGAGAUCUCCGCAAUUAUCCACGAAAGCCUCGGUGACCUACAAGAGCAGCUGGCUGCUACCGUGAACGAAAGUCGUAGCCAUUCGUCUGCCAUUUCUCAGUUCCAGUCAACAAUGAAUAGCGCUGAGAUCUAUUCCAUUGUUAAGAAAGCAUUGGACGAAAUAGAGUUUCCCGGGCCUCAGCAGGAGCCUGAUGGUUCCCGGAUGGAAAAGGAGGACAUUAUCGACACCAUACGAGAGGCCUGGGAGACUUACAAGCCGGAGAUCGAGUUGAACACUAUUGGCUUGGAGCGAGAUGAGAUCCUUGAGUGCCUGACUGAAGGCCUCAAAUCAUACCAACCGCAACACGAGCAAUCCAUCAGCUAUGAACAAGUUGUGGCUGCGGUUCAGACUGGCAUGCAAAGUUUCACUCCACCCCCACCGCCAGUGAAUGAAACACCUGCUAUCACCCGAGACGAGAUUAUCCUUACCAUUCGGGAAUGUCUUGAGAAAUCAGAACCAACUUCUCGUGGAUUGGAUGAGAACCAUGCCAACCACCUGAAUUCAAUGCGCGAUGACAUCCUCCAUGCAGUUUCUGAGAGAUUGCAGCCUCAUUCGAGAGGCCUGGACGAGGAGCAUGUCAAUUAUUUCAACAGCAUUCGAGAUGAUUUAUUGCAUGCCGUGGCUGAACGGCCUGAGUCCUUUCACCAUCUGAGUUCCAUCCGCGAUGAGAUCCUGUCAGCUAUGUCUCAACGCCCAGACUCCACGAGUAGAUCUCUGGAUGAUGAACAUAUUGAGUACUUGAAUUCUAUGCGCGACGAGUUAAUGCAGGCCAUGGCCGAGAGACCUGAGUCUACAGACAGAUCUCUGGAUGGUGAUCACAUCCAGCAUUUGACAGCAAUCCGCGAUGAAAUCCUUCAAGCCAUUGCUGAAAGACCAGAAUCCAGCCGAGCUUUGGAUGAUGAGCAUAUUCACUAUUUGAAUUCAAUCCGUGAUGAUAUUCUCCACGCAAUGUCUGAAAGGCCAGAAACAACUGAUAGGUCUCAUGAUGAGGAAAACAUCCAUCAUUUGACAGCGCUUCGUGAUGAAAUUCUCCAAGCAAUUUCCGAACGACCCGAGCCGAGCCGAUCUCUAGAUGAUGAGCACAUUCAUUACUUGAAUUCAAUCCGUGAUGAUAUUCUUCAUGCCAUGGCCGAAAGAUCCAUCGAGUCAGCUGAGUCGACUGCUCCGAGAUCGCUUAAUGAAGAGCAGUUCGAGCACCUCAACUCCCUCCGCGAUGAGAUUCUUGACGCAGUGACUAGGUCUAUGACUACACAAAGUAUGGUCAGCAAGGAAUCUUUCGACUCUGGUCUCGGCCGCGACGACAUUGUCAGCGCAAUCUCCGAUGGUCUUGAGGCUCACUUUACCUCGGCGAAAGGGCUAGAUGAAUCAAACGUUUCACGGGAUGAUGUGGUGAAUGCCAUCAACGAUGCCUUCAAUGCCCAGCAGUCCGCCCUUACUACCAGCCCUCAGCCUGUCAUUUCACGUGAAGAAAUCAUGAAUGCCAUCGUAGAUGGUAUUGAGAUUGCAAACCAAGCUAAGGAAGAGUCAGCAAUAAGCACCAAUGUUCAGGCAUCUUCAUCAAUCUCUCGGGAUGAAAUUCUGGAAGCCAUCUCGGAGGGACUUGAAAGAACAUACGAGUCUCAAAAGUCAGCUUUGAGUACUGAAGUUCAGCAGCCUAGUAUCACUCGAGAGGAAGUCUUCACUGCUAUUGUAGAUGGGUUUGAAUCCGCUCAGACGACCGUUCGAGAGAUUGAGCUAAACAAAGAUGACCUCAUGGAAGCAAUUACCACCGGCCUUCAUGAAGCUACAAACACUGCGAACAUCAAUGUUGGAGAUCAAGUACUUGAAAGGCUUCAAGAUGUUGUUGAUGGCAUGAAGGAGGAAUUUAAACAAUACUCCGCCGCCAAUGGCAAGGAUACUGAGCAGGUCCUGGAUGCUGUUAAGGAUGGCUUGGCUGUUGUCCGACAAGAGAUUGAGUCUUAUGUGGCCACCGCCCAGGAGGUUUCAGGCAAACACGAGAUUAUUGAUAUUGUCAAAGACGGAUUCCGCCUCCUGCAGGCUGAUAUGGAAAAGACAAUUACCGAUACCGCUGUUGCCAAUGCGACGCCAACCAGCCCCGACACCACAGAGUUGCUUGAUGCUAUGGAGAAGGAAUUCGAGCACCUGCGUGGCUCAAUUAGUAACCUCCUUCUGGAUAGCCACCGAGCGAGCGACAAGGACGAAAUCCUCGACGCCAUUCGUGAUGUCAGCGAGCAGCACAAAGCCAAUUCGAGUGACGAGCAGAUUCUGAACUCUAUCAAGGAGGAGUUUGAAAGAAUGCGCGAGUCCACAGAAAUGAGCCUUGUUCGCUCCGAGCCUCCAUCAUCUGAUAAGGACGAAAUCAUUGCUGCCAUUCGUGAGCAGCUCGAUGCUCUCCGCGAAGAAACCAUGCAGCACAAGGACGGUCCUGAUAUCAUGGCGUCCGCUACUGCUGAGAUUCUUGAAGCCAUCCAGAACAAGUCAAGCGAUGAGCAUAUCAUGUCUUUGAUCAAAGAAGAGUUCGAAAAAAUGCGCGAGUCCACGGAGAUGAGCGUUGUUCGCUCUGAACCUCCUUCAUCCGAAAAGGAGGACAUUAUUGCAGCCAUUCGCGAGCAGCUUGACGCCCUCCGUGAAGAAACCAUGCAGCACAAAGACGGUCCCGAAAUCAUGGCAUCUGCUACCGCCGAGAUUCUUGAAGCCAUUCAGAACAAGUCGAGUGAUGAGCAAAUCAUGAGCUUGAUCAAAGAAGAGUUCGAGAAAAUGCGCGAGUCUACAGAGAUGAGCCUUGUUAGCUCUGAGCCUCCUGUCUCAGAAAAAGACGAAAUCAUUACAGCUAUCCGUGAGAAGCUUGAUGCCCUUCAUGCAGAAACCAUGCAGCAUAAGGACGGGACCGAGAUCAUGGCGACUGCUACUACCGAAAUCCUCGAGGCCAUUCGUGAGGUCAGCGAACAGCACAUGAACAAGUCGAGCGAUGAGCAGAUUCUGAACUUGAUUAAGGAGGAGUUUGAGAAAAUGCGUGAAUCUACAGAGAUGAGCCUUGUUCGAUCCGAGCCUCCAGCAUCCGAAAAGGAGGAUAUCAUUGCCGCCAUCCGCGAGCAUUUCGAUGCCCUCCGGGAGGAAACCAUGCAGCAUAAGGAUGGAACUGACAGCAUGGCGUCUGCUACAAGCGGACUUCUUGAUGCCUUCAAUGAUGGCAUCCACUUGAUCCGUGAAGAUGUGCAGAAAGUCUUGGAAAAGCCUGCAGACUUUGACAGUUCCGAAAUUAUCGACACCAUCAGGGACGGCCUGGCUGAGGUUCGGUUCGAGAUUGACUCGCUCCGUCAGUCUAAAAAGGAAGAGGAGGACGUGACCGAUGUCGCAGAGACCACGCGUGGCGGAGAGAUUGUGCUUGCCAACGAAAAUUCUACUCUCGGAACCGACAUCGAAGGCCUCAAGGCCCUCAUCACUCAGCUUUCAGACAAGAUGGAGUCCAUUGAAGCCACACGCGCCGCAGAGCCUGUCGAGGAGCCGGCCGUGGAGCCUACAGAACCUGCCGAGCCUCCGUUAAACCGCAGUCAUCUUGAUGAGGUCAUGAUGGCUCUUCAAGAAGUACAACUCGCCGUUGGGGAGAUGGGUGAGAUGAGUGCCAGUCGAGAGAUCCCUGAGGGCGGUGCUCGGAAGGAAGAUACCGAUAUCCUCGAGGGCCUCCUCAUGAGCACCAAGACCCAGAUUGAGGAGAUACAGUUCCCAUCUCUCGACGAGGUUGCCACCUCUGAACACAUUGGGGCUCUUGAGGCUAUGAUCCGGGAGGCCAAGGAUUCCAUCGCUGAGCUAUCCACACGUCUCGAGGCUGAAGGCUCCACUAAGUCCGAUAUUGGUACCCUGGAAAACCUCAUCAAGGACGUUUGGAUUGCCCUGGAUGAGCUAAAGGGCAAGACCGCAGAGGAGGAGGAGACAGAAGGCGACGAAGGCGAGGAGAAUGGCAAGCUGCUGAAGUCUGAUCUCCAAACAGUGGAAGCCAUGGUCUUCGAAGUCAAGUCUCAAAUUGACGAGCUCAAGCUGCCUGAUGUGGAGACCCUUCCGACAAAGGACGAGAUUCAAGAGCUCUCAGCCCUGGUCACCGAUUUCCGCGACAGGAUGGAAAAUGCGAAUGAUCUCACUGCCCAAGGCUUCGAGGCCCGCAAGACCGAGCACGGAGGUCUGGCUGACAAGAUCGAUGAGAAGAUCGAGGAGGCCAAAUUUGUUGUCGGUGAGCUUGGUGACGAGCUCAAGAGCAAACUUGAUGGUAGCAGCGAAGGGCUCAACGAACUCAAACAACUACUCGAAGCUCUCGCUAUCUCUGCUGAGAACUUCACUACUGUAGAUAGCAUCAAGGAGCUCACAGAUCUUAUCAAUCGCGAGUUUGAGCGCGCCCGCGGCGAAGAUGAUGCAGGCAAGCUUGAAUCGGAGGAGAGAGAUGCCGCUGCCUUGAUCAAGCACGAUGAGACUCGAGCUGCUGUCGUUUUCGAACUCGGAGCCAAGAUCGAUGAGAAGAUCGGAGAAGUGAUCGCCAAAUACGAAGAGGCUCACACUUCGCUGCAUUCCAAGUUCUCGGAAACCGAGGAGCGAGACCUGGCUCAUGCUGAAACAGUGACGAGCACCAAAUCUCUCGCUGAAGAUAUCAGACUUGUCAUUGGCGCGAUGGGGUCUACGGUCACCGAAGCAUGUGAGCGCACGUCCGAGGAGACCAAGGCUCUUGCUGAAAAGGUUGAUGAAUCAUACAACCGGAUUGAAGAGAUGCAGAGUGAAGCCAAGUCUCACCAGGAGCAAUCCCGAGGCGAGAAUGAGAGAGCAGUUGCCGCCACUGAGCGUGUGGAGAGCAAGUUACUCGAGUUCAACCCCCAAAUCUUGAACACUGUCCAAGAGAUUCUCACAGUUGUGAGCCAGCACUUUGAUCACUCGCAAAAGUCAGCGGAAGAAGUCAAGUCGGAACUUUUGUCUCUUCCGGCAGCCAUUCCGAGCAUGCUGCCGGCCCUUCCACCCCCGGAAUCAAGCCGAGCGAUAGAAGACAAUGAUCCAGUUCACAGUAAGCUCGAUGAUCUUCUGGAGCACGCCAAGAAAAGCCCGGUUCAAGAUGUUCUGAACACGCUUCUCGAUCACUCGAAGAAUACGCAACUCCACGACAAGCUUGAUCGUGCUCUGGAGCAUGGCGCUUCAUCAAACAGUGACAUCUACGAGAAGCUGAACUUGAUCCUUGACCAUACUACCAAUGGCAGCAGCUCUAUUCACGAGAAGCUCGAUGCUCUGCUCAGUCGUCCGAUCCAGACCGUUGACCCUGACCAAGCAGUCACUCAGAUGAUGAAGCUGGAUGAGAUGCACAAAGACCUCAUGGAGAACACGCGCAGAAUGAACGAGAUGUUCGCUAUGCAAUCGACACUUGUUGCUGAAGAUACCGAGCGCAAACGUCGCGAAGCGGAAGAAGCUGCAAUUGCUUUGGAACGCCGAAUUGCCCAACGCGAGCAAGUCGAAGCUGACAUUGUUGGCUUGCAAGAAGAGAAGGAUUCUCUGCUCAAGAUGUUCCAAACUCUCAAGGCCGAAAAGGACGAGCUUGCCAAGCAAACCUCGAAGAUGAGCAAGGAGCUGUCUGGCCUCGAGACCGCCUUGGAGAUCCGCCACGAGGAGAUGCAGCAGAUGGAGGAGCGUGCUGAUGGUCUGGAGAAGCGUAUCCUGGAGGGCGUUCUUGACCAUGCUCGCAGUAUACUUUUGAGCCGCAGCUCUGGCAGCCUCAACAGCAUGAACCUCAAGCGCAACCAGAGCACUCGUUCAUCUCGCACCGGUGUGCGUAGCCCUAGCAUGGCUAGUAUCACCACCGCAAGCACUGCACGGGAGCCCAAGGACGCGCGCAGCCUCCUCGGUAAUGGCGUCGGCAUGGCCCUCAAGCGCCGAACUGGCAACGGUCUCCACCCCGGACCAGCAGCAGUUCAGCCUAACAUCGGAAAGGAGCGCCGAAUUCUUAGCUUGAGCCAUGUUACUGGUAACCGCGAUGCUGGUCAUUCCUCGGGACCCAACAGUGGCAUCACCAGCUUGAAGCGCAGUCACUCGGUCAAAUCCAAUUUCUCACUCCGCAAGACCUCAUGGGCCGGUCCCAUUGCAAACAAGGAGAAUGAAGCGUUCCCAGAAGAAGAGGAGCCCGAGAGUGAGCCCGAAACAGAUGCCGGCACGGAGCGAAAGACCAGCUACGCAGGUACCAACCGACAAUCCAGCUACGCGGGAACUGAUCGCAAGGUUAGCUACGCCGAGACUUGUACCGACAGUGUGGUGACCGGAGUCACCGACAGUGUCAUCUCCGAAGAUCGACGCACUAGUGGCAUGAGCACCGCCACCAGGGACCACGAAGAACAUGAUGAGGAGCAUGAGGAUUCUGAACUAGCAUCUCAGUCAGAUGAUGAUGAUGAUGCUCAGACCGCUCAUGAAGAUGAGGAGGAGGAUGAUGUUAAUACGGACGGGGGAAAUGAUGAGGAACAGAAUGAAGAAUUAGAGGACCCACAAGAUGAUGUGGAUGACCACUUCUCGGACACUGCAUCAGCGAUGGAGGCUGAAGUCCUUAAACUGCUGGAAGCCCCUCCUGACAGUGGAUUGGGAACGGAGAUGACUGUCUCGUGA